AUGGCAGUGCUGCAGACGGUUUCCGAAGGCCCAGGAAAAGCAUCGGCCGGCGUGCAGCUUCCAGCCGCAAACAGACCCGGAGCGUGCGCGUUGUCCAUUCCAGGGGAGCGCGGCAAUGGUGUCUUGCCGGUGAGAGGAGAGGAAGGAGAGACAGAUGAUAUCAACUCUUUUGAUGUUGAGACGGUUUCCGAAGGCCCAGGAAAAGCAUCGGCCGGCGUGCAGCUUCCAGCCGCAAACAGACCCGGAGCGUGCGCGUUGUCCAUUCCAGGGGAGCGCGGCAAUGGUGUCUUGCCGGUGGCAGGAGCAGAACUGGUGAUAGAAGAUGUCAACUCUUUUGAUGUUGAGACGGCUUCCGAAGGCCCAGGAAAAGCAUCGGCCGGCGUGCAGCUUCCAGCCGCAAACAGACCCGGAGCGUGCGCGUUGUCCAUUCCAGGGGAGCGCGGCAAUGGUGUCUUGCCGGUGGCAGGAGCAGAACUGGUGAUAGAAGAUGUCAACUCUUUUGAUGUUGAGACGGCUUCCGAAGGCCCAGGAAAAGCAUCGGCCGGCGUGCAGCUUCCAGCCGCAAACAAACCCGGAGUGUGCGCCUGGUCCAUUCCAGGGGAGCGCGGCAAUGGUGUCUUGCCGGUGGCAGGAGCAGAACUGGUGAUAGAAGAUGUCAACUCUUUUGAUUCUGAGAUGGUUUCCGAAGGCCCAGGAAAAGCAUCGGCCGGCGUGCAGCUUCCAGCCGCAAACAGACCCGGAGCGUGCGCGUUGUCCAUUCCAGGGGAGCGCAGCAAUGGUGUCUUGCCGGCGGCCGGAGCGGAACAAGAGUUAGAUGAUGACUCCUUUACUGAGAAUGAGGGCCUUUCUUCUCUAAAGCUUUCUGCCGUGGAUCGGGAAGAGUUUCAGCUAAAGAAGGAUGCUUCAACUCAAAGAGAUGAUCAAGGGUACAGCCAGAGAUGGGUCAAGCAGCUGCAGCAGGAGCUUGCCAUUGCUCUCAAAAAGAACUCCCUGGCAGAAGCUUCACUUGAAGCUAAGAAGCACUACAGCAGGCACCUGCAGGAACAGAAACUGCAGUUGCAGAAGGAACUGGACAGGUCUAAAGCUAAGCUGCAGGAAUUGACAGAACGGCAUAUGCAGACUGAGUGUUAUGCCGAAUCCCUGAAGAAUGCCAUCAAGAAUAAGGAGAGGGAACUAACAACUUCCAGGAACCUGCAGGGGCUUCUGGCUGCGUCUUCUGGAAAUGCAGCUAUCCCAGAGCUGGAAGAACGCAUACAACGGCUCCAAGCUGGAAAGGCCAGGCUGGAAGCCACAGCACAGCAACAAGCCAAGACCAUCAAAGCCCUUCAGAAACACCUGCAAGCCUCUGCCUCAGCUCACAAUGGCCUGAAGGACUUAACAACUGGCUUCCAGACAACGCGGGCUGCAAUGGACCACCAACAUCGGCAGCGUGGGAGUGAAAGCAAGGAAGUGAAGAAGGUGGCUGAGAUGAAAUGCCGAACAGAAGCACUUCUACGUGAAAUGCAGGGAAGAAACAGCGCACUGGAGGAAGAAUGUACCAGGUUGAAGAUGCUUCUGGAGGGAUCUCGGGCAAAGCUGAUGGCCUAUGUGGGGAGAGCGUCCCAUCUCAGAUUCCGGGCAGAGAUGAGGAAGAGCUCUUCUGAGGUGGCCAAGCAAGUUUAUAAACUAAGAAGAAAGUCACAGCUAAACCUGCACAGCAUGGUCUGUGAUGAGAAGGUGUUGGAGCAGAGGAAAUGCCAGUGCCAGAAAACAGAGCGCUCACAGGGAGAUGAACGAAGCCUGGAAACCUUUUGAGUUCCACCUUGUGCAGCCACUACCCUGCACCUAAUUCCAAGUGUUCUGUUGCAGAUCAGUAUUUAAUAAACCGUGUCAUCUAGUA